CCCCCCCCUCUCUCUCUCUCUAUAUAUUUACAUAGUCAGUCACGACGAUCCACGAGUUACAGACGGGAGGUUAGAGAGGGAAGGAGUGUCUGUGCGUGAAAUGGAUGCGGAGGAGAAAGUAGUUAAGUCGAGGUUCAAAAGGGUUUGUGUUUUCUGCGGAAGCAGUACUGGGAAGCGAGACUGCUACCGCGAUGCUGCGCUUGAAUUAGGACAAGAGCUGGUCUCCAGAAGGUUAGACCUUGUUUACGGAGGUGGGAGCGUUGGGUUAAUGGGGUUGGUUUCUGAAGCUGUCCAUCGUGGUGGAAGACACGUUUUAGGGAUUAUUCCCAAGACUCUGAUGCGCAAAGAGAUAACUGGAGAAACAGUAGGAGAGGUAAAACCUGUAGCAGACAUGCACGAAAGGAAAGCUGAGAUGGCGCGCCAUUCUGAUUGUUUUAUUGCUUUACCAGGUGGCUAUGGAACCCUCGAGGAGUUAUUGGAGGUCAUCACCUGGGCUCAGCUUGGUAUACAUGAUAAACCUGUGGGUUUACUCAACGUGGACGGGUACUACAACUACCUGCUGACCUUCAUCGACAAAGCUGUAGACGAUGGCUUUAUCAUGCCUUCUCAGCGACACAUAAUCGUCAGUGCUCCAAAUGCGAAAGAGCUGGUUCAGAAACUGGAGGAGUACGUGCCUGUACACGAUGAAGUCAUCGCUAAAGCGCGAUGGGAGGUUGAGCAGGUCGAGUUUAAUGCGUCCCUGCAGACUGAAAUCGCCCGCUAGUAAAAGCAAAAGCUAGAUAAGGAAGAUGAAGAAAUACACCCUUUUGGGUUUCCUUUGAUUUUCUGUUGAAGUCGAAUCAGUUUCUGAAUUUCUCUAUUAUCAGAGCUGUUGAGGGAAAAUGAAAAUGGAGGAUGGUUAAAGAGCUCACUGCUUAUUUUUUUCAAUUUCUUUCUUUUUUCUCUAUUAUCAGAACAAUCAUGUAAAGAAAAAAAAAAAGGAACAAACAAAUAGCAGAAACAAAUAGAGCAGCUUUAUUCUCUGCUUCUCUAUCA